GGGGCGUGGAGCGCGGGAGGGCGGGCUUCUCCGCCAGCCUCGCAGCAGCACCCGGAGCGCACUGGCCUCCUGAGCAGGGCGCAGAGCGCGCAGUCCAGAGCCGGCAGCCGGCCGUCGCCUGCCCUGGUGUCCUGGGCGGCUGUCGGGUUCCUGGAGAGCGCAUCCAGCCAUGGAGCCUUUGCACAAAGACGCCGAGACGGCGGCAACAGCGGCGGCUGUGGCAGCGGCAGAUCCCCGGGGGGCGUCGUCCAGCGGGGUGGUCGUGCAGGUUCGCGAGAAGAAGGGCCCCCUGCGCGCUGCCAUACCCUACAUGCCCUUCCCGGUGGCUGUCAUCUGUCUCUUCCUCAACACUUUCGUGCCGGGAUUGGGUACCUUCGUCUCGGCCUUCACCGUGCUGUGUGGGGCUCGCACUGACCUCCCGGACAGGCAUGUGUGCUGCGUCUUCUGGCUGAAUAUCGCUGCGGCCCUAAUUCAGGUGCUCACGGCCAUCGUUAUGGUGGGCUGGAUCAUGAGCAUCUUCUGGGGCAUGGACAUGGUCAUCCUUGCCAUCUCCCAAGGGUACAAGGAUCAGGGUAUCCCACAGCAGCUGUGAGCCUACAGGACCUGCCAGGGAAAUCCAGGGUCCUGCGAGGGCUGCGCCAGGUGGCUUCGGGCACAAGGACCUUCACAUGUUCUCUUCUGCCGUUUCUCAGAUUGGGGUAGAAAGAGAGCACUUCAAAAAUAUUAUUUAUUUCAAAAAAACACACCUGCUUUUCUCAGCAGGCUCUGAGGCCAGCUUCUCUCUCUGCUCCAGAGGCGCAUGGGAGGAACAGGGUCAGAACGUCAGGACUGGGCUAGAGGCAGGAUACUGACCAAGCACCAGGGAUGCUGGGCAUGUUCAUCCAACUGCCCGCUGAUCAGGCACCCAGGCCUGUCGGGCUGGGCUGUUGUAGGCCCUGUACAGGUGAUCAGGCACUCUCCCAGGCAUUAGGACUUCAUGGAAUACUUCCGCUGGGUCCUCAUCCCCGUACUCAAUCAUGUGGUUCCUGUAUCUGCUCUGUGGGCUCCUGGGGGCAGUAUCAGGGUAGAGGUUGCAAGGUGGCCAGGUGGUAGCCCAGCGUGGAAAGGUCCCUGGGUCCCCACAGGUGUCUGAUGACACCCCAGCCUUUUAGUUGCUGAGUGGGCCUGUGUCCUUUGCUUCCCAGAGGUGAGGGUGGCACUGGCUCCACCUCUGCUAGAAUUCCAGAUGUUUAUAUGCAAAAUGACCAUGUUGAGUUGUGAGUGGCUGCAGACCAGCAGCCUCCUUGGAUGUUUUUACUACUGUUUCUGGUCCCCUCUCCUUCUGACAUCCACGUGUUUCCAAAUCCAGAUGGUUUGGUUUGAGGUAGGUGACAGAAUCCAUUCAUUGCUAUUUCCUAACACCCAAGCUGAGUCUGGACUUCCCACCUGCCACCAAGCAAGCGGAUAUCUCUAGAGAGACCCAUGCAGAGUCAGCUCUCUUGAGACCCAUGAACUGUAAAGGCUUCGCCUGUUCAGGUCUCCUGAGCAAGUCCUGGGGACAAUGGAGACUCGUCUGCAUGCGAAGUGUGAGAAGAAUGACAUCAUGACCUGGGAUUCAUACAUGUUGCAAGAAGAGGCAGUGUGAGGCUGUCGCUAUUGGCACGACUUGUGGACCUUGGUGCCCCGUUAGCAGCAAGCCUGGGAGUGAUGUGCCAGUACAGGAUUAGAUCCUUAAUAGGGGGAGAAACCAACAGAAGGUUUGCGGGCACCAUUCUGAAAUUAAGAGGAAGGCGAUCCAAAAUUACAGUGGUGGCGUGGCUAUUUGCAUCUCUCUUCAUUCCCAUGCUAACGUAGGAAGCGCUAACAUGUGGGACAGGCCCAGAGCUCAGUUCCCAGCCGCACUGGCCUAAAGCCAUCAACGGGUCCCUCUUGGAGGAUCUUUCCCUAUCUAGCCGAGGCUCUAUCAUAGCAUGGCCAGGGCUAAAGAAAGCUGUCCACUUUCUGCCUUGGUGGAUGGGGGCUCUUGGGAAGCAGCUCCCAUUUCCCUGGGGUUCCAGCCCCCUACCAGGCUUCUUAAUUGAAGUCUUUGGGAGCAGACCUCCAAACUGGACAGCCCCUGACACCAUGAAGAGAAGUAAUCUGUGGCAUCCUCACUCCUGGCUCUGACUCUGGACCAGUUUGCCUGUCCUACCCUGUAUUAGUUUCUUUCAGGGCUCUGUGGGAUCAAGUCGCACCCUUGAGCGCCUGCCAGGGUCCUGUAUCUUCCAUGUUUACUUCCGUUGCUUCUGUGUGUCUGCAGCCCCUGUCUUGGGCUACCACUCUGGCAGAUCACUGCUCUCAAGGGAGCUACAUCAGGUAGCAAAGUUGUACAGACAGCCACGGCACAAGGAAAUGACGGGCCGAGCCCUCCCAUGCUGCCACAGCCCUUUACCCCACGUAACCAGCGAUGACAACCCUUGGCAAGAGUGGCCUCCAGAGUGAGGGAGACAUCUAUUUGCCUGGUUUGGACUGGGGGUGGCUACUGGGGGAGUUGAAAAGAGAGAGCAAUUUGUAUUGCUUGUUUAGUGACAUGAGCCAGCCUCGAGUGGGACUUUUCUAAGUGAUAAGUGUCACCAUGAGUUCCAGUGUGGGAUGGCUUAAUACAGGGGUUUUCAAACUUGGACAGUUGUCUCCUUGGCACCCUCCCCUUCUAGGUGGCUGAUGUGGGUAGACUUAGGAGCCCCCGGAAUAGUGAGUUUGGGGGUUACCAUUAGCUACAAACAGCAGCCCCCUGAUGAGGCCUAACUUUAGAAUAAUUGUUCUCAGACAGUGGGCAGUCCAAGCUGACCAUUGGAUCUAGGUGACCAGAGUUCAUUUACCACCAGCGAUCUAGCGAGCAAGGCCAUCAAGCCAUGAAGUGCUGAGUGGUCACAGGUCCUUUAGUGACAAAGGCCCUAGAUGGCAUAGCUCAGGGCUCCUGUCCCAACCUUGGGAAAGAAUUCAGAAGCAUAUUCUCUGGCUAUGAGUGGCAGGGACAGAAAUCACAGGCACACAGAGAGCAUCCUGGUGUAUGAGACAUUGCAUCAUGGUCAGAGUGGCCAUUUUUCCCACCACUCUGGGACCCCGGAACAAGAAUGAGGCACCAGGUAGCCUGAGUGUCCUGGUUUCAUUUUGCCACUGGGAUAAAAUACGGGGUUAAGAAAGCAAUAUGCAGGAGGAAAGGGGAUCUUGCUGCUGCUGCCUUGGUUUCCUUUUUUGCUUCUGCAGGUGAUACACAGUCUAUCACCGCAGAGUCGGGAGGCAGCUAGCCACACACCCGCAGUCAGCAGCACAGAGAGAGGAUGCAUCCGCACUGUUUGCUCUUUUUGCACCCCAGCUAGUUUUAUGUAAACUUACAAAGCCCAGGUCCACGAAAUGGCGCCAUCCACAGUCAGGGUGGAUCGUUAACUUCAACUAACAAUUUCAAUUAACAACUAAGAAUUGCUCAAUUAACAAUUAAGAUAAUCCUCCACAGACAUGCCCACAGGCCAAUCUGAUCUAAAUAAUUUCUCAUUAAGACAUUUCCCCGGGUGAUCUAGAUUUUGUCAAGCUAAAAUCAAGCAGUGGUGUGUAGUGUGUUGUGGAGAUCACUGGGGACCCCGGACUGUGGCCCCCAUGGCAUUAGCCACCCCCAGUCUCAGACUAGCCAUUCUGCUGCCCUUGCCUUGAUCAAGCCUCCAGCAGCACUGGAGAGAGGAGAAGGAAGUGACAGGGUCUUGGUCUGCUCUCUGCCUCCAGGCCCCAGGCAACAGUCUCCACAGUAGGCCUGGCCCUGGUGUUGCCCAGAGCAGCUCAUUUCUGCUGUUCUGUGAGCCGCCUGUGGGGAGGGGUUUAGUCAAACAUUCCAGAGGAGAGCAGAGACUCUCCCCCAGACACACACCCCUCAGGAGUCACAGGGAGAGAUAAUGAAUCUCUUCAGAAGGCUGGGGUAGUGUUUCCCCCUCUGCCUUCCUGAAUUUUUGACCUCAUCUGCCCUCAAAGCCAUGCCUCCUGGCUUCUGAGCACCCCUUAUGGAGGGUGGAUGCCAAUGGCAGCUGGGACAGUUGGUGCUGAGAGCUGCCUGGCUCAUGGGAUCCAGUUCCUGCAUUCCCUCAUAGGACCAAGGCUGCACUGAUGCAUGAUAAAAUUGUGGGGUGUAGGAGGCUGGAGGCUGGGGAGCAGAGAGGAGAACUCAGCUAAAGGAGACACAGAAAAUAAGCCACAAGGCUAGCGUGUUUCCCCAGACAGAAAGGGAUCAAGAUGUUUCAAAGAAAAAUCAUCUGGACAUCUUAAACACUGGGUUUACGGCCAGCACACAGUGGCUGAAACCCCAAGACCAGAAAAAUCCCCCCAAAGGUCUAAGGUUCCUGAAGGGGGCAAGUAAAGCUGAAUGAUAGUGGGCCUUUUACCUUAAGAUGCAAACACACUUAUCUUUCUCUAAGCCCUCUUUAGCUGCUCUCUUCUUUGCUGGUCCGGGCGGAUGGGGAUCUUCACACAUGCCUCCAGCUUAUGUGAGGUGGGAGUAGGCUGUCCAGUCUUUAGUGAUGUGUAUCAUUGUUAGAGACCUGCAUGAAGAAAGCAUGGGUCAUACUGGGGAGCCAGAAAAGCAGCGCUGUUAGUGGUAACGGCUCCCUCCUGGUCUUUCUCACACCCACUGGAUCAUGUCCUAACUGCAUUGUAGGGGUUAGAGGGGAGCUUUGGAAAACCUCCAACUUCACCGGUCAUGGCUUCCCAGAGGCUGGCCUUCUCUGUGGUUUGUGAGGCUUUGGGUUUAAAGAACCAACUAUAGCCACUCAGUCACUUAGUCCCAUUCAGAAGUGUGCCCGAUGCAGACAGAGGUUUCCCCCUAGUGGCGGCAGGAAGCCAGGACACCAUCUGUGGGCCUAGGGGUGGGGUCCACUGGCCCAGCUGUGGGGUUCCGCAGUUGGCAGAUGUUCCUUCAGUGCUAAAAAUGCUCAGGUCCUGAGCUCAGAUGAAAGAUGCCCUCCAGGCCACACCUCUGCAGUACCCAGCUUCCAUCAGUGACAACAAAGUGGGAGAGACCCUUUCUUCAAGGACUCGAUAUCCUUCGGGAGAGAUCUGUGCCCAGGUUGUAGGGGACCGGGAGAUCAUCUUGGGUAACGACAGGGACAUAGUGCUGUGAAGAGGCCAGCCGAGUGCUGGGGGAAAGGCUCGGAGCUUGCAGUCUCUCUUUUCUUCCUGUCAGUUUUUGAGAGCUUCUGAAUGUUCCUGAGUUUGUGGAGGUGUGAUUCCACUCAGAGCAUGACCCAGCCUCAAUCCCAUGAUGCACCACGACAGAAUGAAUCCCAAUUAGAGUGGUCCCAAGUACCCUCCAUGUCCCAAGGUCUAGCUUCACCCAUGUCCACGACAGUAUAGGAAUAAAGCCAGUUCUUCAUUGCCCCCCAGUCCCCCCAAUCUUGCCAAAACCAGGGGUUUCGACAACGCAGACCCACCCACCCACCCAGGCAGGGUGGCAUGCAGACCUCACUCACUACUCACAAAGGCUGGCAGCCCCAGAGCUGGGAGAGUCGAUUCUUCCUGGCGAAACGAACACUGGUCAGUCCAGCACGCUCCAAACCCUCCCCACCCGCCUCUAUCCCUGUCCCAGGGCAAGUGACCUUUCCUGGGGAGACACAGAGAAGUGCCUCUUUGCCCCAGACAGGUCACCAAAGGUCUAAAGAAAUGAUUCCACCAACAUUAAGUCUGGAACCCAGUGAGUUUAUGGGGUUAUUUACAGGAUUAUGGAUGAUUCUUGGUAAGCUGUCACAGAAGUCCUACCCCAGCAUGGCAGACAACUCAAGAAAGCUGCAUCAGCGCUGACCUCAUCCCAGUCAGUCACAUGUCCCCAGCUGCAUCCCCUGUGCACAUCAGUUCCUCUCUCUUAAGGGAUCUUUGGGUUCAGUAUCCCCACUGCACCAAAUACAGAUCCACUGAAGUACCAGGGUCCCGGAGUGGUCUGAUGUGGGAGGGGCAAGGAGGGUGCGGUGACCUCUUCCUGGGGGCCUUUCUCGGGCUUCAGAUAUCACUUUGAUUUUCUGAACUUUCUCCUGCACUGCCUGCCCCAGCCCAGGAUCCAGCAAGGAAUAGAGGACGAGGGAAGUUUUGAUCGGGGAGAAGCGAUGAUGGGGCUUGUGAUUAACUUCUGCCGGCUUCCGUGGAGCUGAAGCUGGCCGUCCUCACUGGCACAGUUGAAUACUGUCGCACAGGCUGCUCUUUCCUUUCCAGCAACAUAAGAAGAGAAAACCCUGGCUGUAUCGCUGAAUUUUGGGCAUGUGAUGUGUUGUGAAUUAUUGCUUUGGUGUUGCCGUUGGCUUUGUUUGGAUCUCUUGUCUCUGUUAGAUUAACUGCUGUACAUUUUCAUGUUCUCUGACUAGAUCCAGGGCCUUCUUUCCUUACUCCUACUCACGGGGAGCCCACGUGCCCCAGUCCAGCCAGGGGGGCAUUGCCAGCCCAUUCCAAAGAUUGGAGACUACUUGGAAUAGCUCAGCCCUAGGGAAGAUUCCAGACUUGCCUGGCCAAACUGGGGCCCAGAUCUGACUUUGGCUAAAUUUCCUGGUGUCCUCAGGCUCGACCCCGCGACUUUGGCCCAGGUUCCACAGAGCCCCACAGGAGCAGAGCAGGGCUUCUGCUUCUCCAGCUUCCCAACAGCUUUGAACCCCUUCCUUCCAACUGUGCUGCUGUACGUGUGAUGGAGAACCACCCACAGCAACAAAACCCGUGUACAUAUCUCCAUAUACAUAUGUGUACAUACACAUGUGGUCCUGUUAUAAAUACACAAAGCAUGGCUUUUCUUUGGCAUUCUAAUUCUUCUUCUUCUUUUUAAUCCUUGGGAAUAUGGUUUUGGAAACAUUGUCCUCCUUUUCCUCUUUUCUAUGUAAUAAACAUUCAUGUGACCUUU